AUGGCGGGUAAUACUGACUCCAGCACAAUUCGCGUUCCUAUUACUGAGAAAAUCUUUGCUCAUAAGGACGAGGUCGAGGACAAUUCUGAUGCGCAAAAUGUUGAAGGGGAUGAAGUGAACGCGGAUAUCGCCUAUCUCGAUGAAGAGGAGGAGCCAGAACUACACAUGAGGACAUACGUUGCACUUGCAGCUAUGUUUCUCCUGAACUACGCUAUGGUGAUCGCGUUGCAGGGGCCUCCUGCUGUGCUUACCUUCAUCGGUCGGGAUCUCGACGCUACUCCUAGUCAAACCUGGAUCCCGAACGCACUGUCUCUUGUCCAAGCGGUGCUGGGACCAAUGAUCUCGUCCGUAUCCGAUACUUUUCGGGUUCGCAAAUCCAUUUUGGUUGGCUGCUGUACAGCCGCAUUUAUUGGAUGCGCAAUCGCACCAGGGUCGCAUUCGAUUGACCGACUUAUUGCUGCUCAAACUCUGAUUGGUGUUGGGUUUGCUGUUGUGCCCCUGGCUUACGCUGUACCAAGCGAAAUACUUCCCAGGAAGUGGCGGCCACUAGCUCAAGGUUUCUGCAACAGUGCGGCGCUCCUUGCUGGUAUCUCAGGGCCUCUAAUCAUUGGAUACAUGGUGAAACAGGACGCGCAUCAAGGAUGGAGAAAUUUCUAUUGGUUUCAAUUCGCAAUUUGGGGCGCGACGGUAGCUGCUUUGUUCUUCGGCUACAACCCUCCUCAGCGACAUCUACUUACCGAAAUGACCCUACGACAGAAACUUGGAAAGCUUGACCUUCUGGGAAACGGUCUCCUCACAUCCGGUCUCACUCUCUUCAUUGUGGGCCUGAACUUAGGUGGAGCCUUAUACUCGUGGAAAGACGUGAACACCCUCGUUCCUCUUAUCAUUGGUGGUCUCUUGCUCAUCGCGUUUGGCGUGUACGAGUGGCGUGGAACCAGCACUGGAGUCAUGCAUCACGACUUGUUCCGUGGAGAUAAAACCCAGGGCCGAACAUUUGCAAUCUGCGUAGCUCUUCUGUUCCUUGAGGGCAUCGUUGUGUUCUCAUUCGUCAUCUUCUUUCCGGUGAUGACGGUGGUAUUAUUCGAACCUGAUCCGUUUCUUCAGGUUUGUCGCGCUCUACCAUACUGGAUUUGUGCUUUCAUCAGCUGUAUAUUGUUCUCCAUAUGGAGUUCUAAGGCCAGGUCCAUUCGGGUACCACUUUUCGUUGGAUUCGUGAUCUUCACUGCCGGCAUCGGAUCACUUGCUUCAAUCCAGCCAGAUGACGGCCUUCAGUCGCUGGGCUUGGUAGCUCUGGCUGGUGUCGGCUUUGGUGGUCCCCUUGUCUUGGUGGUUGCGGGAGUUCAGCUUUCUGCACCCCAUAAGCUAUUAGCUACCGCAACCGCUAUCACAACUUCCGCACGCGCUGUAUCAAUCGCUAUCUUUACGCCCAUUUUCUCCGCCGCGCUCAAUCAAGGAUUGACCACUCAGAUUCCGAAACAGGUUGGCGAGGCGGCUGUCAAAGCCGGUCUCCCCUCUAGCUCUCUCCCAGCUUUCAUUACCGCGCUGUCAUCGGGCGACACAAGUGGUCUAGGAAAAAUCAGCGGAGUCACAUCCUCAAUCAUCGCGGUCGGAGCCGCUGCACUCAAGCAGGCAUAUGCAGACUCUCUCCGAGUUAUCUACUAUAUUGCACUUCCCUUUGGUAUUCUGGCAUGCAUAUUGUGCUUGUUCGUUGGAGAUUUGCACAAGACAAUGAAUUUCCGGGUUGAUGCGCCGGUUGAAAAACUUCAGACCAAGCAUCAUCGUUCCUCACGGGAACCAGAGUAG